AUGUCCACCGGACGCAAGGUCUUCCACUGUGCCGUGGACGAGACGGCCCUGUCCACCAACAUUAGCGAAAUUAAGAAAUGGACCGCUAAUGGAGCUAUCGAUCUUGUGGUUCCUCUCUACACACUUGAACGACUUCAUGCGCUGAAGCGAGCGGGAUCGCAGGUCGCCAUCAACGCCCGUGAGGCAGUCCGAUUUCUCGAUCGCGUUACUUCCGGCAAAGAUCACAUCGCCGCCAACCGAGUUGUCCUUCAGGGCCCCAUGGAGCAGUACGAGCGCUGGGAGGAAGCCGAGAAAUUCUUCCUGCCAGAAUUUGAAGAGGAGCCCGAGGUAAUUGACGAGGUACUUACCAAUGGCAAGCCAGCGAUCGAACCCAGUGCCGAUGAUACCUUAGCCAAGAACGAACCGGAUGAUCUGUCGCAGAUGCUCUUGUCGAAGUUGAACUUCAAGAAGGACCCGGAGGCUGUUUCGAUCACCUCCGUUGGCACUCCCAGUGGACCUGGAUCGCGCACUUCCUCGCGCAGCUCCCGUACCAGCCCCGAGUGCGCCCAGCAUGAGUCUCGCAAUGGAACGAAGAAUGAUAAGAUCAAGAGCAAGUCUUCUAGCCAUCAGCGCACCAUCUCCGGAUCCGUCAUCCCGACCGCGCCGCCCGCUCUGCGCCCAUUGUUGAGUGCUCUGCUCUGGCGGUUGCAUACCGGCCCCGAUGCCGAGAACUCUGCCAAGACCUGCAUUCUCAUCACCAAUGACCGUGCGACCCAGGUGUGGGCUCAGAAGUUUGGAAUUGGUGUCAAGAACAUUCUGCAGCUACGCACCGCUAUCCAGUACGAGGAGCGCGAGUACAAAAACCGUUGCAAAUAUGUCGAGAAAACUCAGACCCAACCUGCUGAACCGAAGACCUUAUUGUCCUACGAGGAAGAAAGCGACGAAGAUGAGCUAGUAUUCGUCCCCCGUGGUCGUGGAAAAGGAACUCCCCGAGGCGCCUCGCGUGGUGGAGGUCCGCGAAAGGCUGCCCCUAAGACUGCGCCACCUCUCGUUGAGCCUGUUUCUACCGUGGAAGUUCCUACCAAGCCCAUCGACCCGGACUCUUUCAGUCGGUCUCUGGGCGGUGCAACUAAACCAAACACUGUAGACUUGAGCAACCAGCAGGGUGCCGCCGGUGCCACCGGUGCCCCUCGCGGUAAUGCUGGAGGCUCUCGCCGCUCAUCCAAUGGUCGCCGUGGUGGGUCUUCGCGCGGUGCACGAGGCAAUGGUCGUGGUCGUGGUAAACUCUGGGUUCCUUGA